AUGCAGCAAGAAACAGUAGUUCUGAUUGUAGGGGCAGGGCCUGCUGGUUUAGCAACUUCUGCAUGUCUAAACCUCCAAAAUAUACCCAACAUUGUUCUGGAGAAGGAAAAUUGCUGUGCUUCCCUCUGGAAGAAAAGGUCUUACGAUAGGCUAAAGCUUCAUUUAGCAAAGCAAUUUUGUGAACUUCCUCACAUGCCAUUCCCACAAAAUGCACCCACAUUUGUGUCCAAAACUGGUUUUAUCCAAUACUUGGACAACUAUGUUUCCCAUUUUAAUGUUAAUCCACUUUAUCAUAGGACAGUUGAGUCAGCAGCAUUUGAUGUAAGAGAAGGAAAAUGGCUGGUCAUUGUAAGAAAUACACUUUUUAACAUGGAAGAAAAAUACGAGGGGAAGUAUAUUGUCGUCGCAACUGGUGAGAAUAGUGAGGGUUAUAUUCCUAAUGUCCCGGGGUUGGAUAGCUUUCAUGGGGAGGUAAUGCAUUCUAGCCAUUAUGAAAAUGGCAAGAGAUUUGACGACAAAAAUGUCUUGGUUGUUGGUUGUGGAAAUUCUGGUAUGGAAAUUGCAUAUGAUUUGUCGAACUGGGGAGCUCAAACAAGUAUUGUCGUACACAAUCCUGUUCAUGUUCUUACCAAGAGGAUCGUGCAACUAGGGAUGGUUUUAUUGAAAUUUCUCCCUUGUGACAUGGUGGACAAUAUCGUAUUGACCUUGAGCAAGUUAAAACAUGGAAAUCUUUCUGAUUGUGGCCUUCAAAGGCCAAGCAAGGGACCAUUCUAUCUCAAAAGGAUAACUGGUCGAUCUCCUGUUAUUGAUGUUGGAACAGUGCGCAAAAUCAAGGCACGAGAAAUUAAGGUUUUUCCAUCCAUCAAUAAGAUCGAUGGAGAUUAUAUACAAUUUGCUAAUGGUGGAACAAAAAGCUUUGAUGCCAUUGUUUUUGCUACUGGCUACAGAAGCACAGUGAGAAAGUGGCUCAAGGAAGAUGGGGGAUUAUUUAAUGAAGAAGGAAUGCCCAAAAAUAGAGUCCCAAGUCACUGGAAAGGAGAAAAUGGGCUUUACUGUGCUGGAUUUUCAAGGGGUGGAUUAUUUGGAAUUUCUAAUGAUGCCAAGUCUAUAUCUCAAGAUAUUUGUAUGGUUUUGGGGCAACAAAAAUGA